GGCCCGAUCUGUUAGACGACGACUGGCCUAAAUAGGUGGAGGCAGUGGCAGCAAGCGCCGAACCCAAUUGUCUUGAUUACGUCUCAGCCGACGACGCUCGUGCCCACUUCCCCCACCAUUACUACGACCAGUUGUAAUAGCGCUGCAUAACAAAUCCAACUCAGCAUACACACAGUUAGUGCUGUUGCUACGAGCACUUUAUCCCCGCCGUUGUUAUUCUCUUGUGUCGUCUUGAAGUUUGCUUAUUUUCCUCGGCUGCCGGCGACUGCUUCGCGACACCAAUCUUCGCAGGCCUGAUUCGACGAUACUAUUGCAUUCAGCAAUACCGUCGAAUUGUCGAGCUUCUAACUGUCGUUUUUGCCAACUCUAAUUUUGCGUGUCAUAGAAAACGUGCUUUAUCUUUGCGGAGAAAUAACUGUGCAUCGUCAUACCUGGACAUUGGCCGUACAAACGCUGAAAAGAUAGAGAACGAUUAAUACCUACUCUACGAUUCAGCUGCAAUUGUGAGCUGUAGAGGAAGGAUCGAGCAUCAAGAUGCCCGUGUUUCAUACGAAAACGAUUGCCAGUAUACUGGAACCAGUAUCAGCACAGGUUGAACGCUUAGUGAUUCUUCACGAGGAAGCGGAAGAUGGAAAUGCUAUGCCAGACUUGUCGCGGCCUGUGCAGGCAGUAUCACGCGCUGUCACCAACCUCGUUAAAGUGGGCCGCGAUACCAUCUCCGCUUCAGAUGACCCAAUUCUUCGCCAGGAUAUGCCGCAGUCUUUGCAACGAGUCGAACGAUCCUCAAAGCUACUGGAAGAAGCAUGCGAGAUGCUGCUUCGAGAUCCGUAUUCACAGCCAGCGAGGAAAAAACUUAUUGAAGGUUCAAGAGGCAUCCUGCAAGGUACAUCGUCAUUACUACUGGUCUUUGACGAAUCGGGAGUGCGUAGAAUCGUUCGCGAGUGCCGGAAGGUGCUCGACUACUUAGCUGUGGCAGAGGUGAUCGAGUCUAUCGAUGAUCUUGUACAGUUUGUUAAUGAUAUGUCGCCCUGCCUCGCUAAAGUGUCGCGCGAUGUCGAUGCACGUCAAGAGGAGCUCACACACCAGGUUCACAGGGAUAUCCUGAUUAGGUGUCUUGAUUCCGUGAAAAUGCUCGCUCCUGUCCUUGUAUGCUCGAUGAAAAUCUACGUACAGAUUCAGGCUCAAGGUGGUAAGGGGGUUGAGGAAGCAGCUGAAAAUCGCAACUACCUAACUCACCGUAUGUCAGAGGAAAUUAAUGAGAUCAUCCGAGUAUUGCAGUUGACCACUUACGAUGAAGAUGAAUGGGAAAGUGACAACUUGACGGGAAUGAAGCGUCUACAAAAUGCUAUCCAAGGUCGUAUUCAGUACGCUCACGACUGGCUAGACGAUCCUACCGCUAUGCCAGGCGGCGUGGGCGAAAAGUCCCUUCGUUACAUUUUGGAGUAUGCGCGUCGCAUCGCAGAGAGGGCGUUGCCCGCUGAUCGUAACGUCAUCCUCAAAGCAUGUGGUGAUAUCGAAUCAAUGCUUAACGCUCUCUGUGAACUGCGCUCAUCCGGUCAAGAUAAUAGUCCUCAGACAGUUAGUCUUUCGAGAAAUAUUGGUAUCAAGCUACGCGAGCUGAACCAGCUUAUCAAUCAAGCCAUCCUGAACGUUGAGCGCGGCGGCCUUCGUGGAGCUCAGAACAUUGCUGCCAAAAUUGAACAGGCACUUGCCUGGUGCUUUAAUGCGGGGCUCGAGGAUGGUAGUGCUGGUGAACGCGCCGUCAGGGCGCUGUUGGAUGAGGGCCGUCGGAUCGCCGAAACGAUGCCGCCAGCUGAACGAGCUCAGAUUCAUGCCCUCUGCAACGAGAUCGAGAGUAUGACUAACCAACUGAAAGACCUUUGUCGCAAGGGGCUCGGCCACACUCCCGAGGCUCAAUCACUAGGCAGGGCGCUGGCUGGCAGGCUCCAGGACCUCAAGGGCAAGAUUCAAAAGGGCUUGGUGGAUCGCGUUGUGGACGACUUUAUUGACGUUCAUACGCCGCUCAAGCAAUUUGUCGAAGCUGUACACGCGCCGGAAAGCAUGCCCGGUCGCGAGACAAAUUUCCAAGAGAAGGCACGUCGUCUUGGAGAUUUCUCGCGCAGAACAGCAGGAACUGCUCGUAAUGUUGCUAUGGGUGCUACCAAUAACAAGCGAUUGGCAGAGGCGCUUAUGAAUACAGCGAAUAACGUCGAGUCGCUCACUCCACAACUUAUCAGUGCAGGAAAGAUUCGCAUGACUUAUCCGGACAAUAAGGCAGCUGACGACCAUUUCGAAAAUCUGCGUGGCCAAUACGAAGACCAGGUAAAUCGAAUGAGGAACCUUGCCGAUGAAACUACCGACAUUGGAGCUUUCGUCAAGGCCACUGAGGAUGCUAUCAAGAGACAUACCGACAUGUGUGAGGAUUCUGUCUCGAGACAGAAACCUCAGGAUAUGGUAGAUAAUGCUUCCGCUAUAGCUCGCCUAGGUAAUCGCGUACUGAUGCGCUGCAAGCAGGAGUGCGAUAAUUCGGAAGAUCCUCAUUACGUCGCUAGAUUGCAACAAGCUUCACGCCAGCUUGAAACUGCUAUCGCACCGAUGAUUCAAAAUGCUAAGCAAGUUGCUCAGAGAAUUCACGAUCCUGAUACAGCUGCUAGAUGGAGAACUGCCAACAACUCUUUGCUCAAAGCUGUCCAAGGAGUCCGUAACGCCGUGUCGCCAUUUGAUGACCAAAUGAAUAACCUGACGCUUAACGACCUGGACAAUAUCCUGCGCAAUGAAAUGGCACCACUGACUCAGGCCGGACUCCACAGAGACUACGCUCCGCCGCGGCCUCCGAUGCCCGCAGGCGACCGCGUGCCUCCACGCCCACCUCCGCCCGAGUACGAAGAUGACGAUUCCUUCCCAACGCCUCAGCCCAAUCAGCCGAUCCUGGCCGCGGCACACGGGUUGCACCAGGAGGUCCGGCAGUGGUCUUCUAAAGAUAACGAAAUCAUUGCUGCCGCCAAAAGAAUGGCACUGCUUAUGGCCCGUCUGUCGCAGCUUGUCCGCGGUGAGGGUGGCUCGAAAAAGGAGCUUAUCGUAUGCGCGAAAGCUAUCGCGGAAGCUUCGGAAGAGGUGACGCGUCUGGCCAAGGAACAUGCCCGUCUCUGCACAGAUCGCCGCAUGCGUACGGCUAUCCUGCAAGUCUGCGAAAGAAUCCCUACCAUUGGUGGCCAACUCAAGAUUCUCUCGACGGUCAAAGCCACGAUGCUCGGUGCACAGGCUCCCAUCCCGACGCCCGAUGGCAGCGAGAUCAUCUGCGGCUCCGAUGAGGACCGUGAGGCAACGGAGAUGCUGGUGGGCAACGCGCAAAACCUUAUGCAGUCGGUUAAAGAAACGGUUCGUGCUUGUGAAGCUGCGUCAAUAAAGAUCCGAACGGACGCCGGAAUGAAGCUGCGUUGGGUUCGCAAGAACCCGUGGUACCAGUAGGAUCUUCGUUGUAGUCUAUACUCAAGCUACGUUUUAUGUUGACAAAACGAAAGCGGACACGAAUAUUGUGCCAUUUUUCAUGUAUCCAAUGGACGAAGCAAAGCGGUUCUAAAAAAGCUAAAAACGCCGCCAAGAGAUGCCGACAAGACGCCGAGUUCAGUCAACGGAAACGAGGAAGGAGAACACCGAACGCGAGAUGUACUCUGUUGACCAAUCGUCGGCCUUCAAGAGUCAUGAGGCCAACGCCGCUCGGCUACUAUGAAACUGUUUGAUGGCUGCUCGGCUACGUAAUACGAACUUCAUAAAAAACGACAAAGUCCGAAACGUCGAUACGUUAUCACGCGAUCACUAUGCAUAAAAUUACACUCAUAGCAGCAUUACGACUUUGCACCUAGGUAUAAAGGCAACCGUGAAACUCAUUGCGUGAACAUUCACGACGAUUUUAUGACACUAGAGGACAAAAAAAACACUAAGACAUGCUUUCAGCACCAAUCAAAAGUAACUUGAGCUAAAGCAAUACAGAACUUCAACUUACGAAACUAUCGAAAAAGGCCCAAAUGUGUCGAAACAGACACGGUUUAAAAUUUCCGAAAAUCGCUUGUUCGUUAGAGUUGCUUGAACAAUGAUCGAGUUAGUUAGCGUCGCUCUAAUUUGCUUUGUAACCUUCGUAUUAGGAAAUCUGCAGAAAAAAACGUAACCGAAUUAUAGAAACACAACCGAGCUCGCCAAACAAGAAGGAACUCUAGAAAAUCAGCGUGACGCGAGAGCGUAAAUCUAUGUAUAAGGCGUAUGUUUCCCUACAGGACAAUGAAUCGAAUAUUAAAUAGCGUACGGCCAGCGAUCCAGUCAUCCGAGCAUACGAUGAAAUCGCACUACGCAACUCUGCCUAAAACAAGGAAAUUGCCUACCAAGCAACUGCCUAAUAGGAUAACAAUACCUGAAUUCACCGAAAAAUAUAAGUUCGUGAUCUUUACUUCUAACGACCAUAGGAGUAGCUUUAUAAACCACUUAACUUAUUAAUAUUACUAAUAUUAUUAUUAAAAUUACUGUCAUAAUAAAUACAAUUAUAAUUGAUACUGAAGAACCUAAUGGG